ACAACCUGCAAAACUAUUUCGUUCCUGCCAAAUAUUGACCUAUCUGUUCUUGCCAUGUUUUUUGCCCAAGCCCUAACCCUGUGUUUAGCACACCUCGGCAUGUUAAAGUGGGUCGCUCUCACCUGGGCUGACCGCGACAAACCCAAUUCCGGUCGAUGGCGGGGUUCGUGAAGAUCGUGAAUGACGUCCGGUUCAACCUCCAAUUGCUAUCGACACCCAUCAUAAGCAAGCGAAAAUGGGACCUCAGCCUGGACAAAAGACGGUGCUCAUCACCGGAUGCACCCCGGGAGGUAUCGGCCAUGCGCUCUGCCUAGAAUUCCACUCCAAGGGCCUGCACGUCAUAGCCACAGCCCGCAACCCAUCCGUGCUCGCCGACCUCAACGCCCUGGGCAUGACCACCCUCCCCCUCGACGUCACAAGCCCGUCCAGCAUCAAGACCUGCCACGACCAAGUCUCCGCCCUCACCAACAACAAGCUCGACAUCCUCGUCAACAACGCCGGCCGAACCCACACCCACCCCGCCACCGACAUCGACAUCGACGACGUCCGCGAGACCUUUGAGACAAACGUCUUUGGCGUCAUGGCCAUGUGCGCCGCCUUUUCCGAUCUGCUCAUCAACUCCAAGGGUUUAAUCAUCAAUAUCGCCUCCCUCGCUGCCAUCACCCCCUACGUCUUUGGCUCCGUUUACUGCGCCUCCAAGGGUGCCGUUGUGUCGUACUCAAGGACCCUGCGGUUGGAGCUCAAGCCUUUUGGUGUGAGGGUCAUGGUUGCCAUGACUGGUACUGUGAGGAGCCAGAUCGCGAGCAAGACCCACCGGACGCUGCCUGAGGAAAGUAUUUAUCAGCGGGUCAAGGAGAUCUUUGAGAAGAGGUUGACGUUCAGCCAGAACAAUGCAACUGUCAAGACGGAGGAUUAUGCGAAGAAGCUGGUGGCUAAUGCGCUCAAGCCUGAGUGGCCGCUUAUCUUGCGGUCUUGGUUUGGCAGAGCGGAUUGGUUUUGGGCUGGUGGCUGGAGCAAGGGUGUUUGGGCCAGUACAUUCUUUGGGGAGUGGAUCUUGGACUUUGUGCUAUAUCGGUUGAUUGGCUUGAAGAAGAUGGAACAGGUGUUGAGGGAGGAGGAGAGGAAGAAAAAGCUGACUUGAAAAGCCGUCAGUU